CGGCGCCGCAGAUCCACAAGACAAAUGGCGGACACCGUGCAGGACAUGGAGACGGACGGCGCCAAGAUCGACGAGGCGCUGUACAGCCGCCAGCUCUACGUGCUUGGGCACGAGGCGAUGCGCAAGAUGAUGGCAUCGAGCGUGUUGAUUGUCGGCCUGCGGGGCCUCGGCGUGGAGAUUGCGAAGAACGUCGUCCUCGGCGGCGUCAAGAGCGUGACGCUCUACGACCCUGCACCGGCCACUCUCGCCGACCUGUCUGCGCAGUUCUUCCUGCGCGAGGAGGACGUGGGCAAGCGGCGCGCCACGGCGACGGCGCCGCGGCUCGCCGAGCUCAACCAGUACGUCCCCGUCGCCGAGCUCGAGGGCGACCUCACCGCCGACGCCAUCGCCUCCUUCGGGAUCGUUGUUGUGACGGGCGCGCCGCUCGGCGAGGCGACGCGCAUCAACGAGGCGUGCCGCAAGUCCGGGGGCCGCUUCAUCCUGGCAGACACGUACGGCCUCUUCGGCGGCCUGUUCUGCGACUUCGGCGCCGCGUUUGAGGUCGUCGACGCGGACGGCGAGGAGCCGGUGAGUGGGAUGCUCACUUCGGUCUCGCAGGACGAGGAGGGCAUCGUGACGAUGCAUGACGAGACUCGGCACGGCCUCUCGGACGGAGACCACGUCUGCUUCACCGAGGUGCAGGGCAUGACCGAGCUCAACGGGUCCGGCUCCCGCCCGAUCAAGGUGCUCGGCCCCUUCUCCUUCUCCAUCGGGGACACGAGCGGCUACGGCGCGUACACGUCCGGGGGGUACAUGCACCAAGUCAAGCAGAAGCAGUCGGUCUCCUUCCUCCCCCUCCCGCAAGCUCUCGCUGCGCCCGACUUCCUCGUCUCGGACUUCGCGAAGUUCGAGCGGCCGAUGCAGCUGCACCUCGGCUUCCAGGCUCUCGACGCCUACCGCUCAGCCCACGGGCAGCUGCCCCCGCCCUCCGACGCCGCAGCCGCAGCCGAGGCGUCUGGGGCGCGGGGCGAGCUCGCGCCGAUGUGCGCCAUCUUUGGCGGCAUGGCUGCGCAGGAGGUGAUGAAGGCUGCCAGCGGCAAGUUCAUGCCGCUGAAGCAGUGGCUCUACUUCGACGCGGAGGAGUGCCUGCCUGCCGACGGCAAGGAGGCGCUUCCGCCCGCAGAGACGGCGCCGCGCGGCUCGCGCUCGCGGUACGACUCGCAGGCGGCGGCGCUCGGCUGGAGCACGCAAGAGAAGCUCGGCUCGCUGCGCUACUUGCUCGUCGGGGCGGGCGCGAUCGGGUGCGAGAUGCUCAAGAACUGGGCGAUGAUGGGCAUCGGCUGCGGCGAGGGCGGGCACGUCACGGGCGGGCACGUCACGGUCACCGACCCAGACACAAUCGAGAAGUCGAACCUGAACCGCCAGUUCCUCUUCCGCCCGUGGGACGUGACCAAGGCAAAGUCGGCGUGCGCCGCGGCGGCGAUCGGGGCGAUGAACCCGGCGGCCAAGGUGGAGGCGAGGCUGGAUCGGGUGGGCGCCGAGACAGAGGGCAUCUUCGACGACGCCUUCUGGGGCCGCCUCUCCGGCGUGUGCAACGCGCUGGACAACGUGCAGGCGCGGCUGUACGUCGACCAGCGCUGCAUCUACUACCAAAAGUCGCUCCUCGAGAGCGGCACGCUCGGCCCGAAGGGGAACGUGCAGGUCGUCGUCCCGAAGCUCACCGAGAGCUACGGCUCGUCGCGAGACCCGCCCGAGAAGAGCAUCCCGGUCUGCACGCUCAAGAACUUUCCGAACCAGAUCGAGCACACCAUCCAGUGGAGCCGCGACUGCUUCGAGGGCCUCUUCCGGCAGGGCGCCGAGGACGACGUCAACGCCUACCUCUCCCAGCCAGACUUCCUCUCCAACCUCGAGAGGCAGCCCGGCGUGCGCAAGACGACGCUCGAGGCCCUCGCCGCGAACCUCGUCGACAAGCCGAUCUCGCUCGAGCAGUGUGUGGUCUGGGCGCGUCUCCGCUUCGAGGAGCUCUUCCACAACCAAAUCGCGCAGCUCAUCUUCAACUUCCCGCUCGACAUGGCCACCUCGUCCGGUGCCCCCUUCUGGUCGGGCCCCAAGCGGCCGCCGACGCCGCUCCAGUUCUCGGCGGACGACCCGCUCCACCUCGGUUUCAUCAUCGCCGCCGCCAACCUGCGUGCCUUCAACUACGGCCUCAAGGGCUCGACCGACCCCGCCCUCUUCAAGAAGGCGGUCGAGGCGGCGAUGGUGCCCGAGUUUGUCCCGAAGCAAGGCGUCAAGAUCGCCACGGACCCGAAGGAGGCGGAGAAGGCGCCGGCCGCGCCGCCGCCCGACGAGGACGAGGCGAGCGACGCCAUCGUGGCGACGCUGCCUGCGCCGUCGUCGCUCGCGGGGUACCGGAUGACGCCGGUCGACUUUGAGAAGGACGACGACACCAACUUCCACAUCGACUUCAUCGCCGCCGCCUCCAACCUGCGCGCGCGCAACUACAAGAUCACCGAGGCGGACCACCACCGCACCAAGCAGAUCGCGGGCAAGAUCAUCCCCGCCAUCGCCACCACCACCUCGCUCGUCACCGGGCUCGACCUGCCUCGAGCUGCUCGAGAAGUGUCUCGGAAGCUCGUCUGCCUCGAGCUGCUCAAGCUCAUGCAGCCGGCCAAGCCGAUCGAGUCCUUCAAGAACGGCUUCGUCAACCUCGCCCUCCCCUUCGUCUCCUUCUCGGAGCCCAUCGCCGCGCCCAAGCGCAAGAUCGGCGCGAAGGGCGCCGAGUGGACGCUGUGGGACCGGUACGAGGUGGACGAGGGCAGAGAGCUCACCCUCAAGGAGUUCCUCGCCUACUUCCAGGAGCGGCACAAGCUCGAGGUGACGAUGAUCUCGAGCGGCGUCUCCAUCCUCUACUCCUUCUUCACCAACCAGAAGAAGCUCAAGGAGCGGAUGCCGAUGACGAUGAGUCAGUUGGUGCAGGAGAUCUCGAAGGCGGAGUUCAAGCCGACGCAAAACUCGCUCACGUUUGAGAUUUGCUGCAACGACGAGGACGACGAGGACGUGGAGGUGCCCUUCGUCCAGUACAAAUUCCGAGGCUGGUGAGCGGAGGAGAAGGGGGAGAGGGGAACUGUAUACGCUCCGCGUCGAUUUCGCACUGGGCGGUGGGCGGCGGUGGAGCGCUGGGCGCGAGCGGCCCGCACAAGCCACAGCAGGCACGGGCCCGCCCGCGCGCCGCGAUGACGCAAGCGACAAGCGCUCUCCCUCCGCUCUCUCGCCGAACGCCUCGAACACACAUUUUGUGUUCAUCUGCUACGUUUUUGUGUCUCCUGGACUACUUUGACCAACUCAUGCUUGGUCAGCCCCGACGCCCGAGCCUCAGAAUAAUAAUAAAGCGGCAACG